UGCAACGCUGACGUGUGUUUAGUAGGAAGUGACUGUCGCGUCGUCGUUGCGAGAGUGUUAAGUACAGAUUCGAUGGUUUAAAAACAGUUUCUGGUUAUUUCAACUGUGGACGGACUCUCCAAAGUACGCGACGAUGUCAGGGGAAAUGUCAAUCUUUGGUUCUAUGAUCCUUGCUCUGUUCUUGGCUGGUUAUUUGGGUCAGCAGUACUUACCCCAACCCAAGCCCAAAGUAAUUGGUCUAGACUUGGGGACCACUUUUUGUUCCGUGGGGGUGUUUCACCCCGGUAGUGGAAAAGUGGAGGUAAUUGCAGACAAGGAGGGCAGGAAGAGCAUCCCAAGUGCCGUCUCCUUCACCAACACGACAGUGCUGGCUGGGCAUGAUGCUGUGGAUGUGGCCGACAACAACCCCCACAACACCAUCUACGACGCUAAGAGGUUCAUCGGGAAGAUCUUCACCCCACAUUUGCUGGAGCAGGAGAGCAGCCGCUAUCCCUUCAAGGUGGUCUACAACAAUGGAAGUGCCGAGUUUGUGAUCACCACUAAUGUCACAUUCACGGUGACUCCCGAGUUCAUUGGCUCUCGGUUGCUGCUGAAGAUGAGGAAGAUGGCAGAGGAGCAACUGGGCGUGCCUAUCCACAAAGCCGUCAUCUCGGUGCCCGCAGAGUUUGACGACAGGCAGAGGGAGUACACGAUCAAAGCCGCCAACCUUGCAGGUUUGGAGAUCUUGCGCAUAAUCAAUGAGCCGACAGCGGCGGCCAUGGCGUACGGCCUUCACAAGGUGGAUGUCUUCAACGUUCUGGUGGUGGACCUCGGCGGAGGAACCUUGGACGUGUCUCUGCUUGACAAACAGGGCGGCAUGUUCUUCACCAGAGCCAUGGCCGGAAACAACAAGCUGGGCGGUCAAGACUUCAGCCAACGGUUACUCCAGUACACCAUAAAACGAGUGCUACAGGAGUUUGGCGUUGUGCCCACUCUCAAAGAAGACCUCCAUUGUCUCCGCCAGGCCGUGGAGGCGGCUAAGAUCAACCUCACCCUCCAGCCCAGCGUCACAAUCAAGGUGCCGCUGCACCUGCUCGCCCGUGACGACUCGGCCCCAAAGCCGGUGCUCUUUGAGACCGUGGUUACGAGUCAACUUUUUGAGGAGCUCAACGAGGACCUCUUCCAAAAGAUCCUGGCCCCGGUGGAGACGGUGCUCGCCGAGGGCCGCCUGGACAAAAAUCAGGUGGACGAGAUUGUGCUGGUGGGUGGAUCCACAAGAAUUCCCCGGAUCCGGAGGAUCAUAGCAGAGUUUUUCAGCAAGGACCCCAACACUUCGGUGGACCCCGACCUGGCUGUGGUGACGGGCGUGUCCCUCCAGGCGGGCAUCAUGAGCGGGUCGUGGCCGUUACAAGUCAGCGCCAUCGAAAUACCCAACAGAAACCUUCACAAGACCAACUUCAAUUAGAUUAAAAUCCCUAACAGUGCAGAGACCACUUGAAUGUACUUCAUCUGGACCUCUUGUGAAUGAGCAUGGGCUCCAGCUCAUGUUUUUGUCAUUUUGCAGAGAACUAAGUUUACACAUCUAUCAAUUGAAAAAUGACACAAACAUUUGCUUGUACUAACCUGCAGAUGCACUGGCACUUAAGCUAUGAAAAGUCCUCAGGGCAAUAAGGGACAACCUCCUAUUUGUUAUAAUUGGCAUUCAGUUUUCUCCGGGCAUUCCGGGUUCCUCCCACAUCCCAAAAACAUGCAGGUAGGCUGAUUGCACACUCUAAAUCACCCGUGAGUGCGAGUGUGGAUGGUUGUUCGUCUCUGCGAUUGGCUGGCAAGCAGUUUAGGGUGCCCGCCGCCAACUGCCCAAUGACUGCUGGGAUAGGCUCCAGCACGCCCGUUACCCCCCUUGGGACAAGCAGUACGGAAAAUGGAUGGAUGCAUGGAAUUCAACCAUAAUUUAUCAAGCUUAAAAAGGACCAGAAUAUAAUUAGCCCACUCGAGUUCGCAGUGGCUCAAUAACAUAGUUGUUUGAUCGCCAGAAUUCCAAGUCAUACUUGGAGACAAAAGGGACAGCAGCUCUUUGGUAGGACCAACAGGAAUGAAGAAUCUCAGGAAAUGUAGAGACUUGGCGAAGGGGGUUGCAGGUUCAAGACCCAAUAAAGACGGCAAGUGUAAUGAGGGGCAUGCAACUUGCCCCUCACUGUAAAACCAAUGUAAAUUAAAGACAGUAUAUCAUAUUUAAUGUUUUGCUUGAAGUAAAGAAUGUGCCUGUGAUGAAAACAAUCACAAUGUGUUCUUGCCAACAUACUGGUUAGCAUCAAUUAUCAGGCACCAUCAGGUCUGCCUGGGUAUGAAUCUUGGCUCCGGCCGUUUGAAGUUUGCAUGUUCUCCCUGUACUUUUUUUCCUUGUUAAUUUUGUAUAGCCUGGCUUCCUAACUCCAAAUUCCCCAAACAUGCUUGUUACAUUCAUUAAAGACUAAAUUGUCCAGUGGGCUGAGUGACUUGCAACCAGUGCAGGGUGUAACCUAUCUCUCUCAAAUGCAGCAAGGAUAGGUUCCACUAGACCCAAAUGAGGCCAAGCAUGUUUUAAAAUGGCUUAGAAUGAGCAGGCUUUUAAUGAAACAGCAACAAGUGGCUGAGCAGAGUUUGUGUUUUCUGUGCUAGGCACUUUAACUCCUGAUAUUAAACAGAUAUAAAAUUG